CUACGAAUAUGCAAAUCACCGUUUAAUGUAUGCAGAAAAUCACCGUUUGAUGUAUAUGUAAUUAACUGGAAAAGCUUUUGUACGGGUAGAUAUAGCACAAGCUUUGAAAGUUUGCGAGUGAAAAAUGGGACUGGUCCGUUAUAGCCGUUGGGCUUCGCGCCUCAAAACAUUGAAUUCCCAAUACAAGCCUUUCCUCUCCGCCACCUCCUUCUUUUCCUCCGGCACCACAGCCGGGAAUGAGAACCCAGGUCGACCCGGACCGCCUCCGAUUCAAGUCGCGCUCACAGAGUCAUCCGGGCGCGGCGUCUUCGCCACCCGGAAAAUCGAGAACGGCGAGCUCAUACACACAGCCAAGCCCGUCCUGUCUCACCCUUCCCUCUCCACCGUCCACCGGGUCUGUUAUUUUUGCCUCAGAAAGCUCAGAAACACGGACACCUCCCAACCACAACGUGUUUCGUUUUGCAGCGACGAUUGCAAAAAGCAAGCUAAGGGUUUUUAUGAUGUUGAGAUGAGAGCAGAUUGGUCAGUUUAUGAUGACUAUUGCAGGUCCCAUGGUUUGAAAUACCCACUUCUUGUAAAGCGGUUGGCUUGUAUGGUCGUGUCGGGAGCUGCACCUGCCAAUCUUCUUGACAUACUCCAACCUGCUAGCUUAUUCGCAGAGAUGAUUUCAGAGAUGGAAGCGGGGUUUGGCUUGCUAAGGAGUACCUUCAGAAACUCAAAUAUCACGGAUGAACAGAUGUCAUUUUUAACUAAGCAAUGGUAUAUUGGCAUACUGGCACGCAUUCGCAUUAAUGCAUUUCGAAUUGAGUUGGUUGGGGGACUGUAUGAUGAUCUCCUGUCAUCAGCAGCAGCAUCUAUAGAUGCUGAAGCUGCUGUUGGGAAUGCUGUUUAUAUCCUUCCAUCGUUCUAUAAUCAUGAUUGUGAUCCAAAUGCCCACAUUAUAUGGAUAGAGAACACAGAUGCAAGAUUGAAGGCCCUACGCGAUGUGGACGCAGGUGAAGAGCUCCGGAUCUGCUACAUCGAUGCAAGCAUGGAUCAUGAUGCCCGGCAGAGUAUACUGUCCCAGGGGUUUGGUUUUCAGUGCAGUUGCCUUCGGUGUCUGUCCGGUGAUUAAUGGUAUUUCUUUCGUAUAAAAGCUGGGUAUCAUUUUCGUUUUUUUGGUGAAUUUAGUCAUUUUCGCCAAACGUCCAACUGAACAUUUUACAGUAUGAGUCAGCUGCAACAUGAAUUUUUGUUAAUUAAGGUAUGUCUAAAUUUUAGGUCAUUUGUUUAUGUUUGAUAAAUGAUUAUUUCCAUUAUAUACAAGCGACACGAAGGUACUAUAAUCUAGUUAUUGCUUGUAAAACUAAAAUUUCGUUGACUCGUGGAGAACCUUAAUGAUAAAUUAAAUUUUUUUGUAAAAUUCCGCUAAUAUGAACAAACGUAUGAUUAAUUCGCUUCAAGAUGGUUUGUUGAUUGGGUUCAUAUUUUGUUUUUGGUUUCAAAGCCAUAUUUUUGGGCCAACCUUUUUAU